GUUACGGUCGUAAUGGUCGUCGUAAUAUGGCGUUGACGAUGACGACGGCAACGACGGCAAUACGGCAGCUCCAAUAACUUAUUUACUCCAGAAUCCUUGAACAAGUUCCCAAGCGUUAUUAUUCUUCGUAAUUCUGUACAUCGUGUGGCGAGAGCAAAAUAUAGUCACAUUUAUACACCAAAAUAAAUAAGGAUCGUGAUUAUACAGAUACGAAGAUCAUUUCAGAAACUAUCUGCUGACUAGAAUCGGAUAAAAGGGAAAAGGCAGAGAAAAGCGAGGGGAAAAAAUAUCUCGAGGUCUGCGGCAGAGUGACUUUAUAUAAUUUUCUUUUGGGCGAAUAAAUUUUUUUCCAGAAUGUCAGAUUGGGACACGGUACCAAUCACAUUGCGGAAACGCGUCACAAAAGGUGCCGCAGCAAAAUCGGAAAAGGCAAUUAACACAGCCCGCCGUCAAGGACAAGCCAUUGACACUCAAGUAAAAUGGGGUGGUGGAGCAAACAAGCAGCAUGUAACUACUAAAAAUACUGCUAAGCUUGAUAGAGAGACGGACGAAUUAAAACACGACACUGUUCCUUUGGAUUUGGGUAAACUGAUUCAGCAAGGACGUCAGAAUAAAGGGAUGUCACAGAAAGAUCUCGCUACAAAAGUGAACGAAAAGGCUCAAGUCAUAAACGAUUACGAGGCUGGAAGAGGAAUUCCCAAUCAGAUGGUAAUCGGUAAAAUCGAGCGAGUACUUGGAAUAAAGCUCAGGGGAAAAGACCGAGGCAAGCCCUUGCCGCCCCCUGGGACGAAGAAUUAAAUCUCGGGGGGGAGCCGCCAUACCUUGGAAUUUUCUCAACUAUUUCCCACUUCACCUCUACCGUUGAAUGGUUUCAGACGAUCGUGAAAUUAAAAAAAAAAAAAUUAUAUUGCGAGAGUGCUGGCCAUAUUCUCCCAAAUUACUUUGAUACAUCGUUUGAAGUAGAGUUUCUGUAGUCACGCACUGAGAAUGAUGUACUAUACCAUAGAUUAUUAUAUAAUAUCCGUAUACGAAGAUCGAUUAAAUCCAAAAACAAAUCAUGAGAAAAAAUCAAAGCGAAAUAGUAAUAUUUGGUUUUUUUUUUUAAUUUCCAAUGAAAAAGAUAUAAGCAACUUCGUUUAUGCUUUUUUUUGAGGCUUUUUGUAAAAAAAAAAAAAUUUGUUGGCUCUUGGUGAUACUUUACAGAUUGAAUAAAAUGAAUGCUGAGUAUCGUAAACGAA